UUCAUAUGUCAUUUGUUUGUUAGCUUUCACGACAUUCGAUUAAAAUGUGUGCACGCUGGUUAUUCUUUUUUGUUGUAAUUGCAGUUCAUCAUUCCAAUUCUGAAAGACAAGGAAGGAUAAAGAAAGGGGAAACUGCACCAAUUAUACCGUAUCAUGUUUCUAUUGAUUUUGAUUCUGAUUAUAAAAAGCUACCUAUGCCCUGUGCUGAAACUUCCGAAUCUGUCUGUUCCUAUUUUGGAUUAUUCGGGUGUACAGAUGUGCCCUACGCUGCGGUUAAUAAUACCAAAAGUCUUUGCUCCGGCGUCAUUAUUGGAGAGCGAGAUAUUUUAACGGCCGCACACUGUGUGGAUGAGUUUAAAAAUCGAACAGAAUAUAUGUCGGUAUCAGUCAGUGUGACAGACUUGAGAAAUGUUUCACAAUAUCAACGAUAUUGUGUCGACCGGGUUAUAGUACAUGAUGAUUAUUCUCCUACGAUAGAGGAUAUCGCGAUGGUGAAGCUGAAAAGAAAAAUCGAUCUCAGUGAUCCGAAAAAAGUAAAGAAACUCCCGUUUUCAAAUCGACAUGCGUUGUUUUCAAGCAAGGACCGUUUCAGGGUGGCAGGAUGGGGCAUGUUAGAUGAAAGCCAGACAAUCGAUCCGAAUAACUUACAACAGACGACGGUGGAAGCUACGGACUGUCCAUUUGAGGGGGUUAAAAAUCUAAAUAAGCUGAUUUGUGCUGUAUCGCCAGAUCGCAGCAGCACGGCAUGUGCGGGUGAUUCCGGCGCAGGAUUGGUGACCCUCAAUGAACCCCAAGAACUGAUUGGAAUCCUCAACCGUGGUGAAUGUCUUACAAUAGAUACUGCAAUAAUGAGAUUCGCAAGAGUCUCAACUUAUUAUGAUUGGAUAAAUAAACAUUUAAAUGACGCUGUAAAUACAAGAGCUUGACAUCUCAUUUUUUUCUAAAUAACAAUCUAACUGAUCUCAAUUUAGUUUUUGAACUUUCACAAAAGAAAAAGAAAAUCAGUAAACAUUGGUAUGUAACACUGUUUCAGUUGAAAUAUUGAAUAAAAAUGCAAAAAAGUAAUCUUUUAUCA